GAACUUGCAGUUGCCUUGGUGGAAGAGUGGGGUAACAUCUCACAGCAAGAACUGGCACAUACUUUUGAUUUUGAACCCCCUUUUUGUUCAGGGACACAUUAUUCCAUUUCUGUUAGCCACAUGUUCAGUUUAUCGUGUUUGGGAUAGGGGGCAGUAUUUUCACGUUCGGAUGAAAAGCGUGCCCAGAGUAAACUGCCUGCUACUCAGGCCCAGAAGCUAAUAUAUUAGUAGGUUUGGAUAGAAAACACUCUGCCGUUUCUAAAACUGUUUGAAUGAUGUCUGUGAGUAUAACAGAACUCAUAUGGCAGGCGAAAACCUGAGAAUAAUCCAACCAGGAAGUGGGAAAUCCGAGGUUUGUAGUUUUUCAACUCAUUGCCUUUCUACUAUACAGUGUAAAUGGGGUCAUAUUGCACUUACUAAGGCUUCCACUAGAUGUCAACAGUCUUUAGAACCAUGUUUCAGGCUUCUACUAUGAAGGGGGAGCGACUAAGAGCUGUUUGACUAAGAGGUCUGGCAGAAGGCCAUGAGCUAAGUCAUGCACGCGGCCGUGAGAGCGAGCUGCGUUCCUUUUAAUUUCUAAAGACAAAGGAAUUGUCCGGUUGAAAUAUUAUUGAAGAUUUAUGAUAAAAACAUCCUAAAGAUUGAUUCUAUACAUUGUUUGACAUGUUUCUACGAACUGUAAUAGAACUGUUUUGACUUUUCAUCUGGACUUGACCGCGCCUUGUGAAUUUCGAUUGGUGAACUAAACCCUACUUUGGCAGCAAUAACCUCAACGUUUUCUGUAGUUGCAGAUCAGACCUGAGCAACGGUCAGGAGGAAUUUUAUACCAUUCCUCUUUAAAAAAAUGUUUCAGUUUAGCAAUAUUCUUGGGAUGUCUGGUGUGAACCGCUCUCUUGAGGCCCUGCCACAGAAUCUCAAUCGGGUUGACGUCCCCUACUCUGACUGGGCCACUCCAGAAGGCAUAUUUUCUUCUGUUGCAGCCAUUCUGUUGUUGAUUUACUUCGGUGUUUUGGGUCGUUGUCCUGUUGCAUCACCCAACUUCUGUUGAGCUUCAAUUGGCGAACAGCCUUACAUUCUCCUGCAAAAUGUCUUGAUAAACUUGGCAAUUCAUUUUUCUAUCGAUGAUAGCUAGCUGUCCAGACCCUGAGGCAGCAAAGCAGCUCCAAACCAUGAUACCAUGCUCCCUUAACCAUACUUUACAGUUGGGAUGAGGUUUUGAUAUUGGUGUGCUGUGUUUUUUUUUUCUCCACACAGUGUUGUGUGUUCUUUUCAAACAACUGAACUUUAGUUUCAUCUCUCCACAGAAUCUGGAACAUCCAGAUGCUCUUUUGCAAACUUCAAACGUGCAGCAAUGUUUUUAUUUGGAAAGUCGGUGGCUUCUUCCAUGGUGUCCUCCCAUGAACACCAUUCUUGUUUAUUGUUUUACGUAUCGUAGACCUGUCAACAGAGAUGUUAGGAUAUUCCAGAGAUUUCUUUAAGUCUUCAGCUAACACUCUAAGAUUCUUCUUAACCUCAUUGAGCAUUCUGCGCUGUGCCCUUGCAGUCAUCUUUGCAGGACGGCCACUCCUAGGGAGAGUAGCGACAGUGCUGAACUUUCUCCAUUUAGAUACAAUUUGUCUAACCGUGGAGUGAUGAACAUCAAGGCUUUUAGAUAUACUUUUGUAACCCUUUCCAGCUUUAUGCAAGUCAACAAUUCUUAAUAUUGGGUCUUCUGAGAUCUCUUUUGUUUGAGGCAUGGUUCACAUCAGGCAAUGCUUCUUGUGAAUAGCAAACUCAAAUUUUGUGAGUUUUUUUUUUUAGGGCAGACAGCUCUAACCAACAUCUCCAAUCUCGUCUCAAUGAUUGUACUCCAGGUUAGCUAACUCCAAUUAGCUUUUGGAGAAGUCAUUAGCCUAGGGGUUCAAAUACUUUUUUCAACUUACUCUGUGAAUGUUUAAAUGAUGUAUUCAGUAUAGACGAGAAAAAUACAAUCAUUUGUGUGUUAUUAGUUUAAGCAGAAUGUGUUAAUCUGUUGUUCUGACUUAGAUGAAGAUUAAAUCUAAUUUUAUGACCAAUUGAUGCAGACAUUCCGAUAAUUCCAAUCGGGUUCAUAUACUUUGUCUUGCCACUGUCAUUGGAUAAUAUGAUGUGAAAUGCGUUUGCCAAUUUGGUAAAUGUAAAAAGUCUAGAUGAGGAAGAUGAUUAAGUUGCAACAAUGGAGACCACACAUUUGAUAUAGAGUGAUUGCUAAAAAGAAAGAAAGGUAUACUUGUUAUAUUUACGUUUUAAAAUAAUUUGAUAUGUAUUAACAUGUGUUUUGAUUUCCAACAUACUGUAAAUCUUAAUAAAUUCUGUUGAUGUUCACAAAUACAGAUUACUGUUAGGGACUUGCUGCUCAUGAUUGGGCACAUAAGGAGCUCAGUAUUGGAGGAGGUAAAUAGCAUCCUGAUCCCUGCCUUGGUUGACCUUAUAAGGCUGAGAGCUUCAGAAAGUGCUGCAGAGAAUAUGCUCCCCAUCAGCAAAGACACCAACGAAGAAUCAACCCAGGGCUCUGUCAACUGUACCUCCCUACUCUCCAAAGUCAAUGUCAUCUGUCUCACUCAGAGUCCUGACAGUAGGUCCUCCCCAAUCUCCAUUGAUGAACCAGUCACUGCUGUCCAGACUUAUUGUAGCAGCAGUUCUCUGUCCAGGGAGGAACGAGCACACUCUUUCUCCAGUCAGAUCUCUACUAAGAACCUCCUGAAUGCUAGGCCACGUUCUGCCAAUCCACCAUCUGCUAAACCACCACCUGCUAAACCACAAUCUGCUAAACCACCACUUGCUAAACCACAAUCUGCUAAACAACAAUCUGCUAAACCACCACCUGCUAAACCACAAUCUGCUAAACCAACGCCUGCUAAACCAACACCUGCUAAACCACAUUCUGCUAAACCACAUUUUGCUAAACCACCUACUGCCACUGACUACUCUGGAACCUUAUCUGCUGUGGUAGGUCGUGGGCAUGUCAUCCCUGUCAAACUGACCGUGGCCCCUUUCUCCUCCUUAAUCUCCAGCGAUGAGACCAACACCAACCUCCCCUCCUCGUGCUCCAUCAAGCUUUCAGACAGUAGGAGUGACAUUCCUUGCUCCCUGACUGUAAGCUCCAUUUCAAAUGUUCCUGGACCUGACUCUAGCAGCAGCCCUGUGCGGGAGCAUCAAUUUGCUACUGAAGUCUCGUUGAUCUGCCUCAGCCAAGAUAGAAAUGGCCAAGGAGGGAGUGUGACACCUCCAGCCCCUUUGGAUGUUUCCCUCCCCUCCAUUAUUGAGCGGGCUGGCGGACUUGUAUGUUCCGUCAUCUCCCAGUCUUUAGCAAUUGUGGAGGCGCGGUCAAGUGUGAAUGGUGAGGAGGGCUCUCCAUCUCCCACCACAGUCUCCCAUUCUCCUACAAGGGUGUUUGUCAGCCACUUAAGGAGUAGCCCACUAGGUGAGGACCUUGUAGAUUCAACACUUGCGGAUGUUAUCUCUGUCCUGAAAAUGGAGGGAAUUCUUUCCUCCUCUCCGACUUUGGAGGAGGAGCUGCUUGAUCUCUCCUCCAGUUGUUCUUCGUCAUCAAGCGAAACACUGCAAUGUGUGUCUGUUGGCCCUCUUGGCAGUGGGUCGGAGACGUCCUUCAAACUUCUUGGGGGUCGUACUCUGAGUAUCGCCACCCCAACGGCCCAUGUUACCACAGAGGACUUAGAAGUCUACAGUGAUGAGAUCAUUGACGAAAUCCUUAUUAUAAUGAGGACCAAAAAAGAUGAUGACAGUGGAAGUGACGUCUCUGGUGCAUCAACACCAUGCAACACACCAGCACCACAGAGCCGGUCCUCUUCUGCACUGAGGGGAGUGCUUCCCCAUGACAGGAGGAUACUCAGCACAACACUGCUUGGAAUCCAGAACACACUAGACGGUGAGAACCUCUCAGGAGAGUGCUCCACCUCACCACAGGACAAUGCCAGAGUCCUGGAGAUGAUAAAGUUGCUGCAGAGGUGCCUUGAGGGGACACCCUCAGAGUCCUCCAUCCAUAUCACAGAUGUGGCUUCACCAUUGGGCUUUCCUCUCCCUGUAUCUCUCUAUGCUGUACAGUCAUGUGUAUUUGCCACUGACAAAGACCUGAAGGCAGAAAGAGUGAAGGGAGUCUUUGAAAGCCUGAGAUCCCAGUUUAUGAGCUACUCCAUCAAGCCUGUGAGUAACAUCAUUACUAGGGCAACAACAAAGAUGGCUGCCUCCAAUCAGGUUAGUUCAGAGACCCUCCAGGCAGCAUCAGCAAAAUCAUCUGCUGUGGCUCAGAACCUUAUUAGUUUGGUUUUAUUUAAAGUUGCCAAGGUGUCCUGCUCUGAUGACUUAGAGGGUCUGGGUGAUCAUCUCAGAUGCCCCUCAACUUUGACCAGAGUUCUGACACCUUUGACCUCUGAGAAAGUUACACUGACACCUGCUGUUCUGAAGAUCAGAAGGGAGAUGUCUAAGGAAGUGGCCACCGAACUCCAGAGUUUCUUGAUCAAGGAAUCCCUUACUGCCACCCAGACACCAUCCAAUGGACAUGUUUGCACUUCUGGUUCUGCCCCAAGGGAAGCUGUGCGGGACAUCCUGAGGAAAACCAAAGAGGAGGCUUCCAACAAAAGCCUGAAUAAUAUUUUCUCUGUUAAUUUGGAUGAGCGGCUCACAGACUCCAUUGCAGAUGCCUUAUAUCCAAAGCUGCAUGACAGAUUGGAGUCCAAGAGAGAGCUGCAGGCUUCUUAUUACAGCUCCCAGAUAAGCUGUAGCCUCAGCCCCUUCAAAGUUGAGAGCAGCCUAGAGCUCCAGGAGUUCACUGACCCACUAUCUGAGUCAGUAUUGUGUCUCCUGGAUAGGACAUUUGGAGAUAAAGCUCAGAACUUAAAGACAGGUGGGGGUGUUUUACAAUAUGUCACAGACCCAACCUAUAAGAAGCUUUUGAUUGGACCCCACACCAACGACGUCAAUGUGGUUAUGCACACGAUUGCAGUGGAGGAGUUGCCUGUUGAGGGUUGUAUUGCGCAAAGUGAGGCCAUUCAUGGCCUUCACAAGAAGCAAGAGUUACCUUCCAGCACCAGUGGCAGAGGGAAUGAGACCCCGAGCCCUACUAAUUGCCUACUGGAGGGUGUAGUGGGCAAACUGGUACGGAAGAUGCUAUUUCAGGGCCUUGACAUCCCUGAGGUACCCAUGAACUACAGCCGCUCUGAGAACUUUAAGAUACAGUAUGAACUGGUUGCAAAGCUUUGUCCUCUGAUGGUAAGGACAAUCAUGGCUAUAACCAUAGCCAAUCAACCACCUACUAUUCAAGAAGCAGUGGUGUCUUCCGAGAACAUACAUGUGAAAGAGCUGUGUGAGGCAGGUAUCAAACACCUCAAAGAGAACCAUGUACCCGAUGACUCUGAGACAAACAUCAUGGUCAGAGGGGCUUUGAGUGAAAUUGAAUCCUGUAUGAUUGAGACCUCCGACAAGGACUCUCCCAGUCUACAUUCCACACCAGAGGUGGUUGUAGACCUGAUCACCAAGCUGCUUCAUGGGUAUGAGCUUAACUCAGAGGACUUUGCAUCACCUGUGUCAUCCCCAACCACCACUCUCUCUGAUGUGGCAAUGGACAUGGUGGUUUCUGUCCUUCGGGACAUGUCCGAUUCCCCAGACGUUACCUCAGCAUUGGAAAUGACCAAGGAUCUCAAGACGCCGUACUCCCGCCCCUCAAGUGCAAAGAUUGUAAGUGCCCUCUGCAGAGAGCUGGAGGAGCACAUGGGCUCUCCUGAUGCUCUGAGGCGAGCUUUGAGCCGUGGGAGCGGGGAGAUGACAACAGCCAUUGCGAGUGCAGUCACCAGGGAAGUCAACCGUCUGGGUUCAAUCGUACCCAAAGUCUCUGUCAGGCCGCUCUCCUCAGACAUCUGCCUAAGGACAGACCAGGACAAGGUCAUGGUUAAGAGCCGAUGUGGCUCAGCUGAGGUGAAGGCAUCCCAACCUGUGUAUAUUAUUGUUCAUGUUGACGCGGUGAUGGAUAUCAUUGUCCGGCUGCGGUCUCUGAUUGUUCCUCGGACCCAGGAUAAACUGGCCAGCUGGACCCUAGUUGAGGAUGUGACCAACAAGCUGUCCAGUGCUCUGUGGGUGAGGGUGACUAACAGGUGGAGGGAAGCAAAUGUCUGCCUGAAGGCAACAGACAUCUUUCAGUUGGUGCUGUCUGUGCAUAGAAAGUUGAUGCAACGCUAUGGCACAGAGGAAGCCCUACAGAAGAUACUGUGCCACAAGGCACCCAAGCUGCACAAGGACAUUGUCUGUCUUGUCACGAACGGAAUUAUGGAUGCACCAUCCAAACUUCAAGACACCAAAAAUCUGGAAUCUACACUCAACUUGAAAGAAUUGACAGCCUUGUUUAAUGAAAUGACAACCCGUCAAUCUUUGAAUAAGAAAGCUGAGCAGAGCAGCAUCAAGAUUGAGAUUGAACAGCCAGAGUGGUCCACUGUGGAACAAGUGACAUCCGGUUCCACCAGCUUCAUUAGGGAGCUUAUAUUAGAAGAAGUCCUGAUGAAGCUUGUCAAGAAGAUAUGCCGUAUGCCAAAAAGGACCAACAAGCGUCAGCGCAUCCAGAUCAGUGAUCUGGUGACUGAGCUGAUCCGAUUGUUCGACGAUGAGGUGGCCAACUAUCUGAUUGAGGAAAUGGAAAGCCAGCAAAAAAGUUUCAAUUCUAAGAUGACAUCGAAGCUGGCAGAUGCCAUCUACACUGACCUUGGGAAGGUCAAGCGUUUGAAACGCUCCUUGAAAAUGGACGAUUUAUUUGAGGAUCAGGAGAUGCUUUCCAUUGUCUCUGUCAUUGUUUCCCACAAGCUACUGGCCAUCUUGAAACCCUCAGUUUCCAACCCAUAUGACCGUGAGACCUCAGACCUUGAAGACUCAUGCAGUAAUGAUUUGGAGGAUGCGGAAUCUGAGGGGGUGCAUUAUGCCACCGGCAGAAAGUCCAACAUGAGCAUCGUCGUUACAGACACUACAAUCCAGCCAGAGAUGUACAUUGCUGUGGAUUCUCCACCUAUGAUUAAAUUAUCCAAGAUGAGGAAAGGCAUCCGGGCCUUCUUCUGGGGAGUCCAGAAGGCCUGGAAACGCUUGGUCACCUGCAAGUCCUCUGGGUCCUCUGAUGGGUAGCCUGGAUGACGUGCAGCCCAUGUCAGUUGCUUUUGCCAGGCUACAUCUGAGGAGGACACCACAACUGGCCUCAAUACAACAUUUUUAUUUUUGUUGUUCAUUUCUGUUUUCAUUUUGAAUCCCCUAAUGCUGCUAUAUUUGAACCAGGCUGUCAGUGGACUAGCUUACCAUUAGUUUAUACUCCUUAAGGAAGAUCCACUAUAGGCUAGUCAACACCACAAUUCCACCUGGGUCUUUUGAUCCCUUAUUAGCUCCCACUCCUGUAACUAGGAAUGUGAGCUUCUAAAUGUCAUUCAGACAUCUACAGCUUCUCCUGUGAUUAGGAAGAUAAGCUAAGAAGCCCAACCAAUUGACUAGAUGUGCUGUACAUCUGAUGUCCUCUCCCUAUUGUAAUCAUUGAUCCACGUCCAUUGCAGCCUCUAAAUUUGAUGUAGAUAUUUAGCCUAAAUCAAAAAAUGACAAGGAGGGAAGGCCGACAGCAGCUUCUACUCUUACGAUUAGGAAAGUGGUGCUAAACUUUUUGGGCUUUGAGGAACUAUGUAUUUUAUUUUUCAAUCACUUACAUACUUUUUAAUGGUUGUUUUAAUAAAGCAUUUGUAUUGCAGAUUUGGA